AUGGAUCAGUGGAUUAAAGAAGGUUUAUCAAGAAUUUUAGAUUUUCAAAUUCCUGAAGAUCUCAUCAACUAUAUUAAUUCUAUUGAAAACGAAAAUGACUUAAAUGAAUACAUGAAAACACUUUUGGAUUUCGACAAUUCACAACAUAAGUCAUUUUUCCUAGAACUUUGUAAAAAGAAGUUUCCCAAUAAGAGUAAUACAAUAACAAGACCGCAAAAGAAAAAGAUUUCUAAAAAUAAACAACAACAAGAUUUCUUGAGUGCAGAAGUUCCAGCACCACAAGUGACACAGGCACCUGAAGCAGAGAACAAAGCUAAGAAGAAAACUAAAUAUGUCAACUUGUAUUCACAAGAGGGAAAGAAUGCACAAGUUGUUCUACUUAAAGGGAGGCACCAUUGUGACUGUCAAGCAUCCAAACAUGAGCUGAUCAACAACUGCCUGCAGUGUGGCAGAGUUGUCUGCAAGCAGGAGGGUUCAGGUCCUUGCCUGUUCUGUGGUAAUCUUGUGUGCACACCUGAAGAGCAGAAAGAAAUCAAUGCUAAGACAAAAGCAAGUGCUAAACUGGUGGAGUCUUUAAUGGAAAGGAAUAGACCUAAAGGUUGGGAGGCGGCUGUAUCACACAGGAAUAGGUUGCUAGAGUAUGAUCGUACUAGCGAGCGUCGUACACGUGUAACAGACGACGACAGUGACUACUUCAGUGCGUCCAGCGUGUGGCUGAGUGCGGCGGAGCGCGACAAGCUGGCCAAAUACCAGCAGACAUUACAUGACAAGAAACAUGCAUCCAGACUUACUAAGAAGAUGACCUUUGACUUUGCUGGUCGUCAAGUGAUAGAAGAUAAUACAAUAGACUAUGAAGUAGACGAGGAGAAAGUGCGUCAGAUGACGAGUGUGAGCGCUGCUAGCGGGGGCUCCGGGGCUCAUCUCCUGGCGCAGGGACUGCUCACUGACACUGAUAGAGACGUCGCCCCCGGAGUUAAUGCACCACUUUUACAGUUUGAUGAGUCAGUGGAGUACGGGGGCGGGGGCUACUCCAGUGCAGUUCGGGGCGGGCAACAGGGGCAGGGACCGGGGCAGUAUCUGGGGCAGGGGGGCCGAGUUCAGGACGCCGAGCUGCAGGAGAUGAGCGACACAGGCCGCUGCCUCUCAAUGCACCAGCCCUGGGCAUCGCUUCUCGUUGAAGGGAUUAAACUUCAUGAAGGUCGCACUUGGUACACACAUCACCGCGGCCGGCUCUGGAUAGCAGCAACUGCUAAGCCGCCCGACCAAGAUGUAGUCAGAGCCAUUGAGAACCAGUACAGGGUGCUCUAUCCAGACAAACAAAUCAAGUUCCCUACAUUCUAUCCGACUGGUUGUCUGCUCGGUUGUGUACAUGUAGAUGAUUGUUUACCGCAAGAGGAGUAUGAGAAAUUGUACCCGGAUGGAGAAAGUGAUAGUCCCUAUGUUUUCAUAUGUUCGAAUCCAAUCAGUCUACGACUUCGAUUCCCUAUAAAGGGUCAACAUAAAAUUUAUUCAUUAGAAAAGAGCAUUCAUCAAGCAGCUGUAAAAUGUAUGCAGAAAAUGUCCAAAUUACAAGCUAUAGAGGCAAAUGCUGCUUAAAUUU